UUGUUAUUUCAUAUACAUUAUAUGUUAUAUCAUAGCCUUUAUUUACACUUUAUUAUAAAAUGUUAAAAAAAAUUCAUAUGCUUUAUAUUACCAUUUUUUUACUUUGUUGGAUUUUGAUAAAUUACAUGGACAUAAAUAAUGAACAACUGUGCGACCGAUGUUUAGAAAAGCUGUGCAAUAGACGUGUGCAUCAUCAACAUAUAUUGUCUAAACGAGCAAGUAAACUUCAUACCAAACUUCAGCACAUUGAACAUGUUACGGACGUGUUAGUACAGAACGUUAUCAAUUUAAGCCUUUCUUUGAACGAGGUCGACUUAAAGUAUACAGAUCAACAUUUUAGAGUUUUAGUGAAAUUUCAAAAUGAAAUAAACAGUUUAAAAAAACAAAGUGAAGAAUUAAAAAAUGAAACUGAAAUGUUUGCUAAACCAAAACAAAUUAAUGAGGAAACUGCAUUUAUUAAUCAAAGUUUUCGCAUAAAUAAAAUUGUGUAUAGUUGCAAUGAAACAUAUAAAGGAGCCUUGUAUGGUUACCCUCUAUACAAAGUUGGGUUUGUUCGGAAUACAUGUUUACGAGUUUCUUUAAAAGAUGCAGUUACUUUGUUUCUCAUUUUUCCCUCAUUUAAAUCGAAUGACUCCUGGAAAGCUGUAUUUUCAAUAUUUAAAACUAUAAAAAUUAUAACAAACAAAAACAAUUUUGUUUCUUCAUUUAAACUGAAGUCAGAUAGGUUAUUUCAUUAUCAUCUAAGCAAAAAUGAUCGUCUAGGUUUCCUUUUAAAUAAGGUAAUUCGUAAUGUAACUACGCCCUAUAUACUUUUUGCACAAUAUUUAUAUCACUUUGAUAAUUCGUUUGAUAUUGAAAGGUUGAUUCAUGUACACGAAAGUUCUGGUUCAGGAAUAGUAAGUGGUUCAAGAAAAACUCGAAAAAAUGAAUGGGAUCGAGGUUGUUAUCAAACAGUACUUAAACUAUACACUUUAGAAUAUAAAGUUGGAUAUUUUAGUUCAGAGAAAGAAUGUCUUAUUUGCACUUUUACAGAAUCUCCAUUUCUCACAUCUGUUCAAUUGUUUCAAUCUUUAGAGUUUGAUAACAACCUUAGUUACGGGGUUUUUAAAGACUUUUUUGUAAACUUAAAUACCAAAAAACUCAAGCUGCUUGUAUGUCCCGAUGUUAUGUUUUACAAUGAUCAAGAUGAAGAAGAAGAUUUUCAACUCGCCAAUUUUGCUAAGAAAUGGGAUAUAAAAAAGAUAAUUUCUUUAAGAAAAAAAGUUUUGUGGUUCGGUUGUCGCCAAGGUUUUAAUUACACAACAAAGAGUAAAUGCAUUAUCAAAAGAGGUAUGGCUGUUCCACCAUGUUGCAUUGCUAAUCUUGUGGAUGCCAUUAAAUUACUUUUGCUUAUGUUUAAAACAAAUGGAAUUAAAUACUUAGUUCAGGAGGGUAGUGUGUUGGGAUUAGUAAAAUUCAAUGGAAUUUUACCAUGGGAGAGAGACUUUGACAUUUCCUUUUUAUCAGAGCAAUUUGAAAAAGUAACAAAAAUGCGAUCAACGUUAAAAAAAAAAGGGUAUCAACUUAUUAUUGACAAAGUUCCAUAUUUACAAAAUAGCUCUACAUUAAAUGGUGGGGUGAUUCAUAUUCGUGCAAAUGGUUGGAGUAUUCAAUUGUAUGGACAACAGACACUUCCUGGUAAUGAAACCAUUAUCAAUGCCUUAAAUGAAUCAAUAAUUGUUCCUGAAAACCCGGGUUUGUAUUCUCGUAACCGGUAUGGAAAAGAGCUAUAUAAACAUGUUGAACAUUGGAUGACACUUAAACAUAAAUCAAGUUGGGAGAAUUAUGCAAUAAAAAAUUUUAGUACAUGUGAGAUACCUAAUCAUCACGCAUGUUUAGAUCAAUUUCAAGCUGAUGGAGAUAUAAUUUUCAAAAACUAAAAACAAAAGACCAUCUGGCUUAUAUUUUUUUAAUAAUUGAAAAAAGUGGUUGCAACCCCCGUAUCGUAACCAAAUAAUAAUAUGACAAAACUAAGUUUUGGAGGUAGUUUAGAGGCAUUUGAAACGUGGCUCGGUGAUAAAUUUAUUACAACUUAUGGAAAUAUUGGAAUAAAGCGAAGGAAUAAAGCGAAGGAAAAAAGCGAAGGAAUAAAGCGAAGGAAUAAAGCGAAGGAAUAAAGCGAAGGAAUGAAGCGAAGGAAUGAAGCGAAGGAAUAAAGCGAAGAAAUAAAGCGAAGGAAUGAAGCGAAGGAAUAAAGCGAUGGAAUAAAGCGAAGGAAUAAAGUGUAGGAAAAAGGCGAAUAAAGACCCUAUAAAGUUAAGUUAAUACGAUCUUAAAAGACAUUUAAAAAAGGUUAAUUUUAAUUGAUGAUAUGGUGACAUCAUACAAAUUGCAAAUGCACAGUUUACGUCACAAUCAUCUUUUUGAACUUGAACAUGUAUAGCAACUAAAUAUUGCAACAUCAAAAUCGUAUAACAUCAAAUCAUAAACAACAAAAUAAAAAAACUAUUAAUAAAAUCUAUUUAAUGUUUGACAUACAAGGCCACUACGUGGUUUUGUUUGUCAAACGUCUGUGUUUCAUAAUAAAAAAGAUGGAGAAAAUGUACUACAAUAAAGCAAUAAACUAAUUAUUAAA